AUGAUGUCAAUUAAACCAUCGAUUGAAAGAUAUCCAAAAAUAAUCAUUCAAUAUUGUGCUAAAUGUAAAUGGCAAAAUAGGGCAAUUUGGUAUUUACAAGAAAUUCUACAAACCUUCCCAAAUGAUAUAUUAGAUAUUUCAAUUCAACCAAUAUUAGAUUUCCCAGGAAUAUUUCAAAUUAUAAUUAUUAAAUCAAAUGAAGAAUUUAAAAUAAUUUAUAAAAGAAAAUUUAAACAAGAUAAAUAUAAAUUAGAAAAUCAAGGUGAUUAUGUAUUUGAUGGAUUUCCUGAUUCGAAAUUAAUUAAAAAUUUAAUUAAAAUUGAAUUGAAUUUAGAAGUUGGUAAACAUAUUGAAUUAAAUUCAAAUGAUAAUAAAUUAAAUACUGGUGAAGAAUGUAAAGAUUGUAAGAUCGAAUCACAGUAA